AUGUUUAAUGUACAUGCUUAUUUAUGUUUUAUUUUAUUGUUUAUGCUCUUUUAGGCUGGAAUUAACAUGAACAGAACCUACUUCAACAUGAAUGCUUUCAACUCAAGUUUAUUACUAAACGCAUCAUUUGUGCGUCCAGAGUACUUUUUUAUCAGUGGAUUUUCUGGAAUUCCUUUCAGCCAAUAUUACUUUGUUUUUCUCAUUUUUAUUUAUGUUGUCUCACUUUGUGGGAACUCUUUUGUACUUUUUAUGAUAUUAGUUGACCAUUCACUGCAUAUUCCUAAAUACAUGGGAAUUUUUAAUUUGGCUCUGUCAGACUUUGGUGAAACAAAUGCACUGAUUCCUAGCCUUGUGAAGACAUUCUUUUAUGAUUCACAGUACAUAUCCUAUGAUGCAUGUUUGACAAACAUGUUUCUUACUUUUUUCUUUUUUAGUGGACAGUCUCUAAGUCUUGUUGCAUUAGCAUAUGAUCGCUUUAUUGCUAUUUGUUUACCACUGAGAUACCAUGCAAUUGUAAGCACUUCCUUCAUGUUUGCAACUUUAAUUGCGAUAUGGAUAUUUAAUGUUAUUGUAAUUGGCACAAUGGUGGUUUUGAUUACACGACUGUCAUUCUGUAAAACCAAUGAGAUAAAAAGCUUUUUUUGUGACCAUGGGCCAAUUUAUACAAUUGCAUGUAAUGACAACAGUAUAAAUUCUUUCAUGGCAAAAUUAUGUACUGCAAUAUAUCUUUAUGCACCAUUUAUUGCCAUAGUCUUGUCAUACUUAGGCAUUUUGUUGACAUUAAUUAAGGUAACGACAUGGAAGAGUCGUCUUAAAGCACUCAAAACCUGUGUCUCUCAUCUGUUAGUAGUGGCUAUAUUUUUUCUUCCUGUAUUAAGUACAUACCUUGCUGCUCUAAAUUUCUCUCUCCAUCCUAAUGCUAGGAUAAUCAAUACUUCACUUUCACGAACAAUUCCACCCAUGUUAAAUCCCAUUAUUUAUGUCUUGAACACAAAGGAUUUCAGAGGUUUAAUAAUAAAAAUGUUUAAAAAGAAAACCACCAUGAUUUCCAACGUUCAUGCUUUAGCAAAGUAA